AGUCGCUCCACUCGCUCCUCGCAACAUCGCGCCGCCUGGGCGACCUGCACCAGUGGGGGGGAGCGGCACAUGCCAGCGCAGUCUUCGGUCGGGCGGUCAGCUGCAAGGAGAUCGUUUGCAGGGCAGUCUGACCACUACAGUCGGGGCAGUGACGUAGAGCACAUGCACGGAGCUCAUGACCUGUGUGACGCCCUUUGACUCUUUCAUUGCCGCCAGUGACACCCAGCGCCGCUGACAGGCGCGACAGUUGACGAGGCGAUUGUCAGAGGAAGCAGCUGCUCGUUGUCGCCAGCCCGGAACCGAACCCAGACCUCAAGAUGGCCGAGGGCUGGACGCCACUCACCGCAUCUUCAUUCCGACAACUAUCCUGCUUCUGCUUGUGGCAGUCGAAGGAAAUGCGUGGAACACAACCGAGUACGCAACUCUGGAUGCUGAGCAAAGUUUACUCAAGAGUCUUUUCCAGAAUUAUGACAUGAAUGUUCGACCGUACUACAACCACACGGAGGCGAUCCAAGUGUCCGUGGGUUUGGAUCUUCUCAACAUCCUAGAGCUGAAUGAAGAGGACGAGGUCUUGGAGACGUACGCCAUCAUCAUGCAGUCGUGGCACGACUUCCGCCUGGAGUGGAACUACACUCAGUAUGCUGACGUCACGGAGGUCAGAGUGCCUUCCAGCAAAGUGUGGAAGCCGGACAUUGUUCCAUAUAACAGUUUGGACACAGACAAGAACUUGGCUGACACCACCGUGUCGGUGUUCGCUUCCGGUCACGUGAUAUGGUUUGCACCUCUGCGCCUGCGCACGAUCUGUCGCGUCGAUCUGCACACAUUUCCGUUUGACGAGCAGCAGUGCGCCCUCUACUUCGCCAGCUGGACCCAUCAUGGCAACCAGCUCAACCUCAGCCUGUGGGGAGACAACUCGGGAGCUGCUUUUAAGGUCGAGUCCGAGGCGACGAACAAUGAAUGGACGGUGGUGAAGCGAGAAGCGGAAAUCCGAAGUAAAUAUUACUCCUGCUGUCUGGAGAGUUUCCCGGAUUUCAUCGUAACCCUGACACUGCGACGAAAUCCACUGUUUUACGUGCACGUGUUCAUCAUUCCCGCACUUCUGAUUGGUCUGCUGGUGCCCUUCCACAUGUUGCUUCCGCCAGACUCCUCCGAGCGUAUCACACUGGGUUCUAUCCUGAUGGCGCUGUUGUUGCUGCUCAUCAUCAAGUUGCAGGACGUACUGCCCAACGCACAUGCUGAACUUCCAGCCAUAGGAAGAUAUGUCUCUUCUUACACUCUGUCGUUGCUAUGGAGCGUUCUGGCCCUGCUCUCCUCCAUGGUCGUCCUCAACCUCCACAGCAGAGCCCCGCGCAGAGGGAAAGUUCCAGACACCAUUCGCUGGAUCUUCCUGAGAAGCCUGAAACGCCUGGUGUGCCUCGGUUCCGACACCUACUACCUGCUCAACGACCUGGAGACCAUCUCCAUGCGCGGACUGGACCAGCCCAAGACGUCCCUCACCACGUCCUCAGUCACCUGCGACCGGCGGGACCAGCCGGCGGCCAUGGACAUGCGCUGCAGCCCCAGGCUGGAGCGUGAGGUCGAGGAGGUCAGCCGACAGCUGCAUCUCUUGACGGCUCGAGCGCAUCUUCAGGACUCGCGCACUGAGGUCAUCAACGAAUGGCGUCUCGUCGGCCUCGUUCUCGAUCGUCUGCUGUUCUUCGUCUUUCUCCUCAUAUACCUCAUGUGCGCGGUCAUCGUGCUGGCUUGAAGAACAGGAAGGGUGGCGAAGCUGCUUCUCUUUCUUUCUUCGACAAGACUGUUGUACGUGGACCCCUCCUACCCGCUCGAUCCCCCAAAAGAAUAAAUUUGUGGCUCAGCACACGGUUAUAAAUUUUGUUGAGUUAUAUGGACGUGCGUGUGAGGGCCAGUAAUGUUGAAAUAAAUAGCCGCAGCAGGAGGACAUUACGACAUAAAGAUUGGUAUUCGGGCACAGCAUCUAUCAUGAAGGAAGAAAGGAGGGUUUCAGUGAGGUUUUAUUACUUUUUUCUCAUUUUUUCCAUGGAGAUGAAGACAGAAUGCGUCAAUAACAAACGGCCACUGAAUUAUUUACAUGAAACCUGAGAGAAGGAAUCGAAAGCAAGAAAGCUGAGACAAUCCUAGAGAAGAGAAAUAAGGGUCACGGGGUGAAUCAAAGAAAUCGGAGAAUGCCGUAAAAACAACGUAACUCUCACGUGACUUUUUGUGUGCCGGUAUUUGCUUUGACAGUUGAAAUCUUUCCUCCUGCACCAUGGCGUGAGUGGGAAGGACCCCGAAUUCAUUUUAUUCUAGAUUGAUGGGGUGUGUGGAGAAGAGACACUUCAAACAUGUCAAGAGUGUGUCACGAAUUAGCCUAAUGCCUACAUCAAUGUAAUUUUCUCCAAUUUUGAGAAAAAAGAGGGUUGGUAGAGAAUUGUUCGAGUUUUGGUCAUCUUUACAUACAUUUUUUUGUCUUUCAUUCUUUAACAUCUAUUUAUUUUAUUUAACUUUUUCUCUUCUUGUUACGGUUUAGCGUUCAGUCACUUGUCAAGCGGAAGGUGCGCUUUGUAAAUAAUCUAUUAAUUAGUAUUAUUUUCUUCCAUCUAUCGAUCUUCCAUCUUUCCUUCAUUAUCUUUUUUUAUAUUCGAUUCUUUUCUUUCAUCAUCGAUGUAGUCUUAACCAGUAGUUUCUUUCCUAAAGGGUCAGGGUUUCUUCCGUACAGAGACAAAACCCUAAUUGUUUCUCUAAAAAUAUUUUGACUUUGCUUCAUGAGUUGCGCUCGACAAAGUUUUGUAAUAAGACAACUUUUGUCAUGCCAGUGUAUAUCGAGUUCAAUCUAUUGUCUAGUAUAAUAUCAUUUUGUUUAUACUUGUGUACGAGUAUAUUGAGAGUCUAGGAUGUAGUCAAUGCCAACUCGACCCGACAGUUUCAUGCGUUUGUGUUGACUAUUUAUCUCCAACUGUUACAUACAUACCUUAUGGUUUGUUGGACUGUAAAUUGAAUGUAAAUAUGGCUUUCAUUGGCAUCUUUAGAAACUAGUGAAUCCUGUGACAUUUACAUGUUAUAGUUUCACGUGUUUCUCUCACGCAGACUGGGCUUUCGCACAAUACUUUGUCCAAUAUUUAGUGUCUGUGGUCAUAUUAACUCACUGACUUUCGUCUUGUGUAGAGUAGAAUGUCUGGAGCUACAACCAUCAAGCCAUCAUGACAGUCUGCAACAGCCGACCUGUGCUUCUGUACCAACAAACUGUCUUUGUGUAUAAUAAAACUUGGGAAUACAUCUGUCGUUUUUACAUUUUACAUACCGAUCGGGAUAAUGUCAAUAAUAAGAUGUUUCAAUGAUCGAACUUCAAUUUUACAAUUUAAGUAGUCUUUCAUUUUGCACAGCUAAGUAGCCCUGAUGAUGAAAGUAAGAAAGCAAGCAGAGUCAAUUAAUUAAAAACAUGAUUAUUUUAUCUAGUGAUAGACUGUUAUCAAAAGAUCUUUGCAAACUCUCUGUUUACACUUUGUUAAUAAAGAUUUUGGCUUUAUCCUAUGAAAUCAGUGACACACAAAAUGGCUUUUUACAGAGGGCGCAUAUCAAAAUAUUAUUCACACAAUCCAAGCUUGACUUAAAAAUACCAUUUUAUUUCAAGAAAAUAACAGUUCAGCAUCUGAAAACGCCGAGAAUAUUAAUGGCAUCUGCUAAAAGCAGAUGAAAUAAAAAUGUAAAAAGAAAAUGACAUAUGCACAUCAGCGCCGUUGAUUCACAAUGUAAACAAAGUUUUUUGAAGUGUUUGUCAGCGUGGUCGUGAGACUGGAAGUUACGAAUGAAUGGGUUUGAUGCUGGAGUGGACACUUCAUGGGCAAAGAAAGGUCAAGGGGUCAAGUGGUGUUGUCAAGCAACGUUUGUUUGUUUGUUGCUGUUGUUCCAAAAACAUGCCUUAAGUGUAGCCUCAAGCAGAGCAUUUUUAAGAAUAGUUUUUUUUCAGGUAAAGUGUUCAGACUGGAUCUUAGAAUAUCUCACAUGUUGUAAAGAGAAUGUAUAAAAAUAUAAAUUUGGGAAAUACAAAUUGUAAAAUAUGAAUCAUCCGUUUUCUAGCUUUCCUCUUAAAAUGAAAGCAUUUAUACAUGUUCAAAACAAACAAUUGCCUUUUACACUUUACUUUUUCACUUCUUGUUAAAUAGCUUUCUUGCACAUUGUUAUGUUCUCGUUGUGUAUGAAACAAUUUCAAUUACGAUUUUACUAAUAAUUUGACAUUCAUACUUCUAUAAAAUGUUGUCGUGGUUUAUACAUCGGUGAUUUUGUUAUUUCAGUGUUUCGAUGUAACAUUUGUGCCUACAUUUUACUGAAUAACCUUUGUAUGGAUUCCAUACGACAUGAGAUUCAUUAUCGGCUUUUUUUUUUUUUUUUUGCAUUUGCAUUUGCUUAGGACUACCUUAGAUUUAAUUCAGAAUGAAGUUUUACAUUUUAUUUCAUUUUAUUUCAAGCAGAAUUAUAGAAGAGUUUAUCUUAUCAACAUCGUUCGUAUGACAUAUUUGAACUGACACUCGAUGGACGUCCAUCACGGAAGCACGGUAGUAAGAGGCGGUCAGAUUCAGAUUGUAGGAACCUGUGCAACAAUUGUGGAUCUUACCAAAGUAUUUGACAUCCAUACAAUUAGUCCUUUGAUGAAUAUUAGGGAUAAGCUUUUAGCCUUUAUUCUGUAAGGAAGAUACUGUCUUUAAAGAAAUUACUAUAAAUAGUUUUAGAAUUAUUUCUUUCUUUGGACAUUGAUCUCACACAGGAAUUUCAAAAACAGUAUUUGUAAAAUAACUCACUUUCAUUGUCUUCUACCAUCCACGUGUACUGAGCAGAAACUUUCAGAUAUCUGGAUCUUUUGGGGGUACCAAGUCCACUGAUAUCCUUGUCUAAUCCCAUGGCCAGUAGUAGUAAUGCUUUGAUGACUAUAUAGAAACGCAGUCAACAUCUCAAUGAACUGAGCAUCCACACACUCCUCGGGAAGUUUAUUAUCACACAAAUAUCGAAGCCUUGGAAUUUCGAACACAUUGCUGUUAUAACUAUGUAUAAUAUGUACAACAAUGAGCGGCUUAAGCAUUCUUGGAAAUGACUAUCAGUCCAACAUCGUACAUCGCUUAAUUAAACUUAUCACCAUGACGACGCUUAAUGCCCUCGCCUGCUAAUUAUGUUUGACAUGUAGCUUUUCUGCAAUCAUUUUGUAUUAGCUGUUUUAAACUUUGACCAUAAGGUUGAGUUUUGUUCUUGAACGGCGUUGUUAUUGUUAUAUUGUUACACUUGUGAUCCGUGUCCUGAAAAUACGCUUUUUUGAUUAAAAUGUGUGUAUCAUCGAA